ACGCCACAGUCUCGCGAGAUGCGAUCUAUGACGUCGGGAUUAUCUGUCUGGCAGGAGCCAAGGAGCUGGAUAUUAACUGCGUUGCGGGACGUUUAAGAAGAGAUCGGGGACUGCGGGCUGUGUUGCCAAAAUUGAGGCUGUCCCGCGAAAAGUGCUACAUUUGGGCGAUACAUCUACAAAUGUCUCCUACGAGGCUCAAGUGUGACCUUUUCUUCUCCUUUCCAUAAGCAUACAUAAGAUGAGCUCCACUGCAGACAGAGAUGACGGUAGUAUAUUUGAUGGACUGGUAGAAGAAGAUGACAAGGAUAAAGCAAAGAGGGUGUCUCGGAACAAAUCGGAGAAACGGAGAAGAGAUCAGUUCAAUAUUCUCAUUAAGGAGCUUGGGUCUAUGUUGCCAGGCAAUGCCAGAAGAAUAGACAAAUCCACAGUGCUGCAGAAAAGCAUUGACUUCCUACAGAAGCAUAAAGAAAUCAGUGCACAGUCGGAUGCUAGCGAAAUACGACAAGACUGGAAACCUACUUUCCUUAGUAAUGAAGAAUUUACUCAACUCAUGCUGGAGGCGCUGGAUGGAUUUUUCCUGGCAGUUAUGACAGAUGGAAACAUAAUAUAUGUAUCUGAAAGCGUGACCUCCUUACUUGAACACUUACCAUCUGAUCUUGUUGAUCAGAGUAUAUUUAAUUUUGUCCCCGAGGGGGAACAUUCAGAAGUGUAUAAAAUUCUGUCUACGCGGAUGUUGGAAAGUGGUUCUUUGUCAUCGGAGUAUCUUAAAACAAAAAAUGAACUAGAAUUCUGUUGCCACAUGCUAAGAGGCACAGCCGAUCCUAAAGAGCCAUCAACGUACGAAUUUGUAAAGUUUAUUGGAAACUUCAAGUCUUUAAAUAAUGUGCCCAACUCUACACAUAAUGGAUUUGAUGGUGCAUUACAGAGGUCUCUGCGGCCACCCUAUGAAGAGAGAGUGUGCUUUGUAGCCACUGUAAGGCUAGCUACUCCACAGUUCAUUAAGGAAAUGUGCACUGUAGAGGAAUCCAAUGAAGAGUUCACAUCAAGGCACAGUCUGGAAUGGAAGUUUCUUUUCUUGGACCACAGGGCCCCUCCAAUCAUUGGAUAUUUGCCUUUUGAGGUGCUAGGAACUUCUGGCUAUGAUUAUUAUCACGUGGAUGACCUGGAAAACCUUGCAAAAUGCCAUGAACACUUAAUGCAGUAUGGAAAAGGCAAGUCAUGCUAUUACAGGUUCCUGACAAAAGGACAGCAAUGGAUAUGGCUGCAGACGCGCUACUAUAUCACCUACCAUCAGUGGAAUUCCAGGCCAGAGUUUAUAGUUUGUACGCAUACUGUAGUAAGCUAUGCAGAGGUUGGAGCAGAAAGAAGACGUGAGCGGGGCAAUGAAGAUUCCCCUCCUGCCAUAACUGCAGAAAAAAAUCAGGACUCUGUCUCAGACAAUCACAUGAACACAGUCAGUCUGAAGGAAGCUUUGGAAAGAUUUGAUGACAGCCGAACGCCUUCACCGUCAUCCAAAAGCUCAAUUAAAUCAUCCUCUCACACAGCAGUUUCCGACCCAUCAUCAACGCCAACAAAGAUCCCAACAGACACAAGCACACCACCUAGACAAGCUUUAACUGGCCUUGACAAGAGGAGGUCAUCAAUCAGCAGCCAGUCUAUGAGCUCUCAGUCAGUCAGUCAGCCUCUGUCGCAGUCAGUGAUGAAGCAAACAGCAUCUAUUCAGCUCCAGCAAGGAAUGACACAGCCCAUGUUUCAGUUCACGGCGCAGUUUGGAGCUAUGAAGCACCUGAAGGACCAGCUGGAGCAGAGAACUCGGAUCAUUGAAGAAAACAUCCAGCGGCAGCAGGAGGAGCUGCGUAAGAUUCAGGACCAGUUGCAAAUGGUCCAUGGGCAGGGAAUCCAGAUGUAUUUACAGCAACCAGCACCAGGGCUAAAUUUUGGGCCAGUACAGUACUCUUCUGGAAAUAGCCCAAGCAUUCAGCAGUUACCGCAGUUCACCAUGCAAGGCCAAGUGGUCCAGACUAACCAACUUCAAGGUGUCAUGAACACUGGGCAUGUGGGAGCUCAGCACAUAAUGCAGCAGCAACAGUUACACAAUACAAGCCAGCAAGGCCAGCAGAACAUUCAUGGAGGACACAACCAGCAGACUUCACUGUCUAGCCAGACAUCGGGAACUCUCACUAGUCCUUUGUACAACACGAUGGUGAUCUCCCAGCCACCUUCAGGUAGUAUGGUACAGAUGCCUUCCAACAUACAGCAGAGCAACCAGGGAGCCUCUGUUACUACAUUUCCUCAGGACAGGCAGAUUAGGUUUUCUCAAGCUCAGCAAAUUGUCACUAAGCUGGUGACCACUCCUAUGGCUUGUGGAACAGUUAUGGUCCCAAGCACAAUGUUUAUGGGCCCAGUGGUUACUGCCUACCCUACAUUUACUACACAGCAGCAGCAACCUCAAACCUUAUCAUUCACCCAGCAUCAACAAAAUCAGCAAGACCAACAGACAGUGCCUACAAUACAGCAGCCUGCUCACGCACAACUAGCCCAGCAGCCACAACAGUUUUUGCAGACCUCGAGGUUGGUUCAUGGAAACCAGUCCACACAGCUGAUUCUUUCCCCUUUCCCUGUGCAACAGAACACUUUUGCCCCAUCCCACCAGCAGCAGUUAUCCCAUCACAGGACUGACACUAUGAGUGAUCCUUCCAAGGUGCAGCAACAGUAGUACCACUAUGAGUCCCUUUAAACUGCUGUCUGGAAAGGAGAUGACAGAAUUUGGCGGAAUUAUGGCGUUUAUAAUCACUAUGGAUACAGCGCAAUGAAUGUUUGGUACGAGGCAGCAGAGCUCGCUGAGAUCAGGCACCAACUGAAACUCGGCAUGUGCGAUGCUCUGCUGCACUACAGACUAGUCAGGCGUAGAACAUAAUAGACGUGCAAUGCUCUAGACGAUAACUCUGCUACUGGAGAUGCCUUCAACAACACUAGGACAGGCCCCCGCUAUAUAUUAUAUUCUUCUAUUUCUGCCCUUAUCCUUAGGGAAUAUAUUGCUCUCUCUCUCUUCCACAGGGAUUCAGGUUUCAAUUGUAAAUAUCCAUUCGUUUUCCUCAUUGAUAUAAGUAAUUAAGAGAGAGAUUUUAAUACAUACACGCAGAAUCACAAAAAAGUAAAACCGCUAGGCCUGUGUUAGUGAUCAGAAGCUUUAGACGGGCCUAAGCUGCAUUGUUAAAUAUGGUUCUAUAAUAUUGUAUUCCUCACAGACUUGAAUACAGAUCAGAUAGGAAUAUUCAUCACAAUACAUAAGUGACAGCAAGUUCCCAUUUUGUAGCAGAAAUCUGUUAAGACCUUUCACACUACACAAAUCAGUCCACCCCUGAUCUGAAAAGUCGCUUUGCAUUUGCUUGUAGCCUGGGCUAUCUCUUUAGCUGCAGCAAAACAGGUUUUACCAGUCCCCAUUAUUAAAGGGGUGGUUCACCUUUAAGUUAACUUUUGGUAUGUUAUAGAAUGGCCAAUUCUAAGCAACUUUUCAAUUGGUCUGCAUCAUUUAUUUUUUUUUAUAGUUUUUGAAUGAU